AUUUUCGUUGCGUUUACGCUCUGACAUAUUAUAUUUUAUUUCAUUUUAGGAAAAAAUUCUUAUUUUCAAGAAGAAUAUUUACAUUUCCAAUUUUUUCACGAAAGCGAAAAUAUUUUGGUUCUGGAAACUUUCAUAUUGUGACGUCACGGUGGCAAGUUUAUCACGUUGCCAGUUCCCUUCGAGGUUCUUCACGCGCAAAUCUUCCGAGUCGAUAUCUGUGUAUUCGUUCGUUCAUUUUUUUAACAUCGAGUGCCUUUAAAGCGUAGUGUAGUUUGAAUCUUAUCACGUAUUUGGUUUCCACAAUGUCCGACGACUACUAUGAAGUGUUAGGGGUCCCGAGAACGGCCACAGAAGAAGACAUAAAGAAAGGUUAUCGAAAGCAGGCGUUGCGAUGGCAUCCGGACAAAAAUCCCAACAACAAAGAACAGGCCGAGGAGAGAUUUAAGCAGGUUUCCGAGGCAUAUGAAAUUCUCUCUAACAAAGAUAAACGUCAAAUAUACGAUAGAUAUGGCAAAGAAGGACUGUCCGCUGGGCCAACGAACGGAGGGGGCGAAUUUGCUGCAGAUGUCUUCGACAUGUUUAAUUCCUCGCAAAACUUCCGCAGCCCGGAAGAAGUAUUCAGGGAAUUCUUUGGCUCGUCUUCUAUACAUGAUAUUUUCAACUUGGUUUUCCAAUCUUUUGGCGGUUAUCAAGACUUUACUGACACUGGAAACGCUUCAAGAAGGUCAAACAGGAGACGGAAUACAGAUUUCUUUGAAACGGAUGUUUUCAACGAUGGUCGAUUCUCUGCCGCUUUCGAUAACAGAUUUGCCGAGAAUUUAUACGGAAACGAAUAUUCCUUUUCCCAAAGCCCCCCGAGCAACCGAAGACAACGGCAACGAAGACAAAGUCGUCGUUCUCAGAGGCGAGCACGGAACAACGUUCCAAACUCACACGACCCUUUCGCCUUUACGAGCUUUGACGACUUCGACACGGUGUUCGAUCAGUUUUUGGACAUGGAGAGGCAUAUGAAGGCUACGAUGGAACACGUUUUCGGCGGACUUUGAUUGGUGUUGUUGAUGGAAGCAUUGGAAUUACGUCGACGAUUCAAGAAACAGGAAAUUUUGUCUUGGACAAUGUAAAUCCCUUUUGAGAACUAAAACCGAAACCGCAAAACCGCCAUAAAGUUUGAAACUGUGUUUACAUCGAGAUGGGGAGCUGGAGUCCGUAGUUAAUUUCAUUCAGCCAAUAUAGUAGAUCUGAAGAUGUUUGUACAAUUAAAUGUAAUUAGUAAGGUUGCUAAGAUCUAAGUUACAGAACAGUGCUGUGGUGCUGAAGAAUGAAUACAUGUGAUUUACUUGAGAAAAUUGUUUGUGAUACCUUUAGAAGUACUAACAGAGAUUAAGUCAUUAGGUUACUGGUCAAAGAGGCAAAUUAUGUCAUAAGACAUGAAACCAUAAAGUUGUUCCAAGAAAAGUUAUCACAACCAGCUAAUAAAGAAGUCUAUUAGAAUAAGAAGGAAAGAUCUGGAGAGUUUAGUGGUUUAACACCCAAUCCUGAAAUUUUUUUGAUACAAAUUAUGCAAUCAAUGUAAAUUUCACUCUUUUAUAAUUAUCUUUCCAAGCAUUUCCAGACAAUGUCCAUGCCCUUCCAUGAUAAGAGGGAGCAUCCAACAGUAUCAGCCAAAAUCUUUGGAGUGAGCGGAGCAUGGAAUUGUUCUGGAACAACAUACUCGGGUGAUUAAACCUGUGGUCACUAAGCACCAACAAGUGAGAUAAUUUUUCUCACAAUUUUAUCACUGUCAAACGGACAAGUGAAGAGGAGAAAGAAAAGUAUCUAACGGAAAAUUAUUAGCGAGAGGGUAAAUUGUGUAGGAAAUAAAUGUAUGGUGGUGAGGAGAACUGAUUUUGAGAUCUGUGAGUGGAAGCUGGUUUAAAUAUAUCAUUUGGUCUGGUAAUUUGCUUGGUAUAUCAACUGGGUUUCAGGCAAUCCUUCUGGGUUUUUCCAUUUGAUAUAAUUUUAGUUUGUAAUCAGAAGUAAGAGAAGCAUCGUUCUAGUAAGGUAGACUAAACUCUUAUCUUGCUUAUGUCUACAGGGUUUUUGUUGCUUCCUUUCCUGUGAGAGUAUGAAUUACCAUGUGAUUUGUGAUUGAGGAAGACAAGGAAGUUACACAUUGUUUUCCCUGUCUCAAAUGGAAAAAGUCGGGCACAUCUUAUGGAGCUUAUUUGUCUCAAAAGGAGAGCACCAUAAACUUGGACAUGUACAUGAUUUUUAGUUUGAUUUUUACUGGCCCAGAGAGUGAACACAUAAUGGUGUCAAUUUCAAAAUAAGUCUGUUUAAAUCAAGUGUACAAUAUAUAUACUUGCUCUUCAGAA